AUGGCCUCCGUCGCUGUCGAUCCCCCAGCCUGCCAGGUCCCCGCCGCCGGUGGAACCUCCACCCACCAGCUCAACAACUCGGGCGCCACCCGUCUCGCCUUCAAGGUCAAGUCCUCCAACAACAACGAGUACCGCCUGAAGCCCGUCUUCGGAUUCAUCGAGCCCGGAGCCUCGUCCGCUUUGGAGAUCACCCGUUUGGUAGGUUUUGGAGCUACUUGUGGGGGAAAGCUUAGGCUUGUGGAUAAAACAGAGGUGCUUUUAGGCUUAGGGUUGUGCUUGCAAAUUUUUGGGCAAUCAUGGCCUUUCUACUGUUCAAAAUAUGUCUGUUACCAUUGAUUUUUGACAUAAUUUUGCUCUUUUCUUCAAACUAGGUGUAUAAGCUUUUAUCAGAAGUAUCAGUUUGUCCUCCAUUAUAAAAUUAAUCUCUCCCAUUUUCAGAACGGAGCCCCAAAGGAAGACAAGAUGGUCAUCCAGUACGCUGAGGUCCCCGCCGACGCCACUGACCCCCAGGCCCCCUUCAAGGCCGGUCCUCCAGCCGGUGAAGUCGUUCUGCCCGUCACGGCUGCCUAA